CUUGUAUCCGAAUAGCUAUUUCCUCCCUAGUCACGGUGAGGCAAAAAGUUGGCUUCCACCAAAAACAUGCGAAAUGUCGACACGGGCUUUACGCAGGCUUCAACGACAGCGUGAACUGCAAUAUCUUGGUUCAGAGUCAGAUACAGAGUCUUCCGAAGAGGAUGAGUUGUAUGAACGCUCAAAAUCUACCAAACAAAAAAGUAUCUUUCAAUUGCUUAAUGACGAGGAGGAAGAACAGGAUGAAGAAGAUGACGAUGGUCUUGAAGAAAAGACAUCUACAGAGGAACUGACUGAGGUUGUAAAGCCGGCAGCACCUUCAAAAAAGAAGAAAAAGAAGAAGAAGAAGAAAUCGAAGGCAAGAGGUGCCAAUAAAAGUCUCCCAAAUGAACAGUUGGAAAAUGACACGAGUGUUGAUGACUUGGAAAGGGUUGUCGCUGAGAUUAAGCUGAAAUAUCACGAAGAAGCAGUUCCUGAAUCAUCGUCGACCCAAUCGGUACCUUCCUAUGAUCCUGUUGCUGUUCGUGCAGAUCUUUGUAAGGUUAACUUGAACUUACUAAACCCCGAAUUAGAGCUCAGAAAACUGUUUGGACGGCUUGUUGAAAAACGUUCUGUAGCGAAACGAAGAGGAAUUCAGCGAAGACGGCGCUAUGUGCUUAUCCAACCAGAGGAGGGAUGGCCAGCAAUGAUUCGCACGGGUCUGAGUAUGAAGAUGACGGAGCAAAAGGACGGUAUAAGCUACUUCGAAUUCACGAGAAGCAGAACAUAUCAAGAAGCACAAGACACGUUUCUUUUCUGCGUCCAAACUUACGAUCCCAAUAAUUUGUUCUCUCUCCUUCGCUCACAUCCAUUUCACAUUGACACACUUCUGCAGGUUUCCGAUGUCGUACUGCAACAAGGCGACCACGAGUUGGCUAGCAGCCUUGUUGGUCGCGCUUUGUAUGCUUUUGAUUCAUCGUUGCACCCUCUCUUCAAUUUGGCUACUGGAAGAGUUCGAUUGCCGUUUGUCGUUGAGGCGAAUCGCGAUUUCUUCUUGAGUAUAUGGCUGCAUCUUACCAACCUUACUCAACGUAACUGUUGGCAUACUGUGUUGGAAUUUGGAAAGUUGCUCCUUCAGUUAGACGAAACCGACCCUUAUGCCUUAUCUGCUUGUAUCGAUAUAUUUGCACUCAAAUCGAGAGAGUUCGAUUGGCUUAUUCAUUAUGCCAACUUCGCGGAUAAAGAGAAUUUUAUUGAGACCUACCCAAGUCUAAUGUAUUCAUCUGCAUUGGCAAUGUAUCAACUAUACGGAGAUUGCGAUGAUUCAAGAAAUGCAUUGCACGUUGCUUGUGAGCGUGCGCCUUUUAUGUUGGUACCCUUGUUAAAUGCCAUUGGUGUUCGUCAUACGAUAGCUCCUAUAGCCUGUGAGGAUGUAAUGCAGGAGUUUUACGCCGAAAUGUAUCCUCUGCAUGCACAUGAGUUAUGGUCUUCGCCUGACGUCGUCAGCUUCGUUGAACAGUGUGUCACUGACUUGGAUGGGCUUGAGCCUGUGGAGGCACGUUGCACCGAAGUUACAGAGAACAUCGCUAGAUGCGUUCUAUUAAUGAACGAACAACCACUCAUUAAAUACUUACCCCGGAGAAUUACUCAGCAAAAUAUUUUGGCCUAUGAUCCUUUGCCUCCAGGAAUGUAUGACUCUGAGGUGCAACCCAGUGUGUCUCAUGGUUUAACGGAUUCAUUGGUUUCUUAUUUUACGAACGCCGUUCUUAAUCGGAAUCAAGGACAGCAAGAGGAAAAUGAAGAAAACGGGGUUAAUGCAACAAAUGAGGAGCAUCAAGACCGAGAGAAUGCUGUUCAAGGAGAUGCUAUUGAUGGUUUGGAGGACACCAAUACCGUUCUACCACUCUUACGAAGACUUCGUUCUUACAUUAAUGGCUUAUUUGCCAACCCAAGUGAAGCUGAAGAUGAAAAUGACGAAUUCGAAGACGCUAUCUCUUCCUUAGACGAAGAGGACACUGCAGAUGAUUUUGAGGAUACUGAGUAAACAUUACUUCAUUGCAUUUUUUUUGGUCAUCUACAAUUAAAAUAUUAUUUUCUCGAAAUCGGCGAAAGCUACACACAUUCUGUCACAAUCGUUUAGUUAGGGUAAUC